AAAGAGCCAGGAAAAUAGUGCCAGACGCAAGCAAGUGAGACGAUGCUCUGCGUUGCUUGGUCUCAGGUCUUAGUCUCUUCUUCGCCGCGGUAUGCGGGCUUGGUUAAUUGGGGGUCCGGGUCCCCAGAAAGAGACAAGAUCACGACGGCCGGACGCAAAAAAGGGCCUGUCCCCAGCUUUUGCUCCCCCCUCGGGUCGAAGAGAGAGAGAAUAUUGGUUCAGGAUUGGUCCAGAACCGGCAGCUUGGCAGAGCUUGUGCGAAGCCUGCAUGGGAUUGGGAAGAGACCAACACCAACCACCAAGUAAUGCAAUGCAGCUUCUCCGCACUGCUGGGUUCAAGGGAGUUCUGCAAACUCUCGUGCUGUUUUGUAUGUAUGCACAAUACAGUAUGGAUUUUCUGGGGGCUUGACGCACAGAAAGCAGCGAGUUACUAAUGGGGGAGAGAAGAAAGAAGGAGGAGGAGAUUGGGCAGAGAACGGGAGUGUCCCAGCACAAAGUUUAGGCUGGCUUG